CACAGCUGUAAACCAAAUUCUAAAACCUUCUCCAAACGCAGCCCCAUUCCCAGGCUGUUCGCAACUAAUUCUUCUCUCUCUAAAACUCAUUCCUCUUCUUCUUCGUCUUCUUCGCUCCCCACUUCCGUACUUUCUUCUACAAACAGUAAUUGCCUUUAAAGUUCGAUUAAUUAAGUAUUAGCUAUCGAGGUGGGUUUUGCUUUGUGUUCUCUCUAUAUACUGUGUACUAUUUUCCCCUUUUCUGCACUGCGUUUCUGGUUUCUCAAACUCUGAAGCGAAAGAACCGCUGUGUUAAUGGGGUUUCUGAGUGUAUGUAUGCGCCAUUUUGCACGCAUUUCUAGGUUUCGCUUCCAUGGUUAAGACUCCUUGUUCUGACAGAUUCUACUCUACCAUUCUUUACGAGUUGUUGUUGUUGUUGCGACCGUGUUGAGUUUUCUCGAGUGAAGUGCAGAGGGUGUGUCCAUGGAUCCGUGCCCUUUUGUGCGUUUAACCGUCGGGAAUCUCGCUCUUAAGGUUCCGGUAGCGUCUAAACCUGCUCGUUCGGUUGUUCAUCCUUCUUCGUCUCCUUGUUUUUGUAAAAUCAAGUUUAAUAAACUGCCGGUUCAAACGGCUGUUGUGCCGAUUAUUCAGCCGGAUAAUCAGUUUCCAGGCGGUCAGGUUCAGUCAACGGCGGCUACUUUUCAUCUCAGUAAGUCUGAUCUCGACAAGCUCGCCGGAAAAUCUUUAUUCGUUUCGAAACCAUGCCUCAAAAUUUCUAUCUACAGCGGGAGGAGAGGCACGACCUGCGGCGUCGACUCGGGAAGGCUCUUGGGUAGAGUGUCUGUACCUUUGGAUCUGGCGGGAAUUGAAUCCAGGGCAACAAUGUUCCACAAUGGGUGGAUUUCAGUGGGGAAAGACUCCAAUGGUUCUUGUGCGCAAUUCCAUUUGAAUGUGAAGGCCGAACCCGACCCGAGAUUCGUGUUUCAGUUCGACGGCGAGCCGGAAUGUAGUCCGCAGGUGUUUCAGAUUCAGGGCAACAUUAGGCAACCUGUUUUCACCUGCAAGUUCAGCUUCAGAACCGGCGACCGGACUCCAAGAUCCAGAUCAUUGCCUACAGAAUCAAGCAUUUCAAGGGGGUGGCUUAGCUCGUUUGGAAGCGAAAGGGAGCGCCCAGGAAAGGAACGAAAGGGUUGGUCAUUCACCGUCCACGACCUUUCCGGCUCACCCGUCGCCGCCGCUUCAAUGGUCACACCCUUUGUUCCGUCGCCGGGUUCCGACCGAGUCAGCCGGUCCAACCCCGGUUCAUGGUUGAUUCUACGACCGGGAGACGACACAUGGAAACCAUGGGGCCGACUCGAGGCCUGGCGGGAGCGUGGUGGAUCAGACGGUUUAGGGUACCGGUUUGAGCUGAUUCCAGACACGAACAGUGGGAUGAGCGCGGCGGGGAUUGUACUAGCGGAGUCGACUCUGAACACAAACAAAGGCGGGAAGUUCGUGAUUGACUUGGGUGGAAGGUCGACGCCGACGAACGCAACGUCGCCGGCGUGCAGCCCGAGGAGCAGUGGGGAUUAUGGGUAUGGGCUGUGGCCUUACUGCGUGUAUAGAGGGUUUGUGAUGGGGGCUAGCGUGGAAGGGGAAGGGAAAUGCAGCAAGCCAAGAGUGGAAGUUAGCGUGCAGCACGUGAACUGCACGGAAGACGCUGCCGCAUUCGUGGCAUUAGCAGCGGCCAUCGAUCUUAGCAUGGACGCUUGCAGGCUUUUCUCACAUAGACUCAGGAAGGAACUCUGUCAGCCAUUGGAUCUUCUUGCUUGAGAUGGGAAAAACAGAACAAAACAACUCUCGUGAAUUGCGAUCCUUUUAUUUUUUUUUUUCUUUUGUUAAUUUUAAGCAUUUCCCCCUUUUUAAUGCGUUUGGGUUUUUUGAGUGGCGCAACUUGUUGAUGGAUUUUUUAUUCCAUCGUCUGUGAGGAAUUUGGGUUCUGCUAACAAACAUUUUACAGAGUAUUGUACAGUCUGUGAGAGAGACAGAUAGUAGAGACAGACAAAGCACUUUUUUCCCCCCUUUUUAAAUAGUUGGUGUGACAUUUGUCUGAUUUCCAUCCUUUUUCUUAUGGGUUUGGUGAAGGAAAAUAAAGGUUGGUUUUGAAGAUGAA